AUGUCUAAUCCCGAAAAGGGGGACCAUGUCAUCAACAUCCCGGAUGACGCUUACGAUGGCCGCGACGCGAAACCAUCCGAUAAGGCCGCUUCUGGUCUGCUUGCGAGCGACUACAAUGGCGCUUCAACCACGACCAGGCAAAUCGAAAACAGCACUGCCUUAUCCAUUGUUGCGUACUGUUUGUCCUCUAUCAGCAUGACAGUCGUCAACAAAUAUGUUGUGUCAGGGAGCUCGUGGAACCUGACAUUCUUCUACGUUGCCGUCCAAGCUAUCGUCUCGACUACUGCGAUUAUUUUCGCCAAAAGACUGCGAAUGAUUCGGAAUCUAGCUCCCAUUAAUUACACAAAAGCCAAACAGUGGUUUCCAAUUUCUCUGCUUCUCGUGAGCAUGAUUUACACCGGCAACAAAGCGCUCCAAUUUCUGUCCGUCCCGGUUUACACCAUUUUCAAAAAUCUCACCACUAUUGUCAUCGCGUGUGGCGAAGUGCUGUUGUUUGGAGGCAAGGUCACCCCACUGGCCUUCCUGUCAUUUUGCCUAAUGGUCCUGAGCUCGAUCGUUGCAGCAUGGGCCGACAUACAGAGCGCCGCCAACGCGUCUUUGAGUAAAGGCGUCUCAAGCCUGUCAUAA